UGGUGGGGCGCCCGCGGUUUCGAUCGUGAACGUGGCCGGGAGUCUGGGCUAAGGGGUUAAUCUGGCCUUGAUCUGAUUGGUGAGGAUUGACCGGAAGCUUUGAUACAGCUUGGAUUACGUUCCAUGAAGGCGGGCGGCGGCGGUGUUGUGACCUCUGAUGACCCCGCGCCGGCCGUGUGACACGCGGUCCGGCCAUCGAUGACUUGAUGUCAGCUACCAGGGACGCGGAGACGCUGACAGAGCUAUGCAACACUGAGAACAUCCCGGAGGUGGAGAUCGUCAGUCUGGUAGAGGAGCAGAUCCCCCGCUACCGGCUCAGGGCCGACACGCUCACCACGUUCAAAGGCUACGAAAACGAGGAUUGGUUCAUCCCGUUUCCGGCUCUGAAGGAGGAGGACAAGUCGCGGCGUCUUAGCCCCGAACAGGUGGAGGCCACCCUCGCGUAUUUCGUUCUAUGCGGCCACCGAGUGAGUCAAAUGACGAAGGCCUACAAUGACAUUGACGCCGUCACUCGCCUGCUGGAGGAGAAGGAGAAGGACCUGGAGCUGGCCGCCAAGAUCGGCCAGCAACUCCUGGAGCGGAACAAGCAGGUGGAGGAGAGACUGACGCAGUUGGAGGGCGAGCUGCAGGCGGCCAACGACUCCAUCACCCAGCUGAAGCACGACCUCCAGCUGAAGACAGAGUUGCUGCACAUCUACAGCAAUGACUUUGACGAUUCGAGCUCCGAAGCAGGCACACCGUCGGGCAUCCGCCACAUCUCGCUGGAGCUGCUGCAGUCGCGCACCACGCUGCUGGAGAAGGAGAACCAGGAGCUGCGCGGCGAGCUGCAGCAGCUGACCGAGAGCACCGAGACGGCCGAGGGGCGCGAGAAGGAUCUCGUCGACAACGUCGUCUUCGAGCUCACCGACGCCAACCAGACGAUCCGCUCGCUGUCGGACGAGCUGGCCACGCGGGUGGACGAGCACAUGCGGAACCAGGAGGAGGUCACCGGCCUGCUGGCCCAGCUGGUGGACAGCCAGAGCCGGGCCAAGCGGCUGACACAGGAGAACGACGAGCUGCAGAGCUUCAUGGCCGCCAGCAAGGAGGCGCAGUCGGAGCUGGCGCUGGAGCUGGCCGACCUCAAGGACAAGUACGCCGAGCUGCAGGCCAUGUACCACGACGCCCAGCAGCACAUCCGGCGCAACGAGAAGAAGAGCGCCUCCCAGCGCAGCAGCUACCUGGGCGGCCUGGGCGGCCAGCCGGACUCGCUGGCCUCCGAGCUGGAGCUCUCGCUCUCCUCGAUGGGCUCCAACGACUCGGGGGUCAGCCCGGCGCUGGGCAUCAGCCCGUUCCCGACGCACGGGCGCAGUAUCUCCUGCGUGGUAACGCCGGGGCCGUUCCGCGCGGCGUUUGACACGGUGCGGUGCGCGCGCGCCGCCGCGCCGCCGAGCCGCGUGUGGGCGGCCGGCGCCGGCGCAGGCGCAGGGGACUCGGGCGCCUGGACGCACGACGCCGCCAGCAUCGCCAGCGACUCCGAGUGCUCGGUGGAGAUGGAUGACGGGAGCGAGCUGAUGUACCCGGGGGUAUCUCGCGGCAUCCCCGGCGUGCCCGGCUCGCCAGACCUGCGCGCCGCCCUGCACCGCCUGUCUCCGGGGCACCUGAGCAAGCUGGGCAGCGACGGCAUGCGGACGCCCGAGAGCAUCAUGUCGCUGUGCUCCAGCCGCGGCUCGCUGGGCAGCAUGGGCUCCACCGGCUCCUGGAAGAUGCCCGAGAAGCUGCAGAUCGUGAAGCCGCUGGAGGGCUCUCAGACGCUACACCACUGGUCCCGGCUGGCCACGCCCCACCUGGGCGGCAUCCUGGACGUGCGCUCGGGUGUGAGCAGCCGGUGGGAGCGGCCGCUGGCGGAGCCCAGCGACGACUCCGAGCCAGAGCCGGAGCCGGAGCGGGAGCCCGAGCCGGAGCCGCCCAUGUCGUUCAAGGCGCCGCCCUUCACCGGCGGCGUGUUCACGCUCACCAACUGCACCGUCCUCCACCCAGAUGAUACGACCCAGCUGACCAGCAGUCUGCAGGGCGGCCAGAUGUCGACGCUGCCGCUGUCGUGCGGCGCCGCUCCGCCGGCGCCGGCGUCGGUGGGCGCCGCGCGCCGCCCCUCCGCCUCCACGUACACGUUCAGCACGCACCUGGGGCUGGCGCGGGCGCUGCACGAGCGCGGCCUGACGCCGUCGGUGGCCGGCUCGCCUCCGGCGUCGGUCACGUCCACGCCGGCCAACAGCCCGGAGACGAGUCGUCCAGGCAGCCCGCAGCCGCCGGCGCUCAUCAAAGGUCUGCUGGACGUGGGACGCACGCUGACGCUGGGCGCCGACCUGAUCCGGCGCACGUUCGCGUCCGGCGACGCGCCGCGCGCGCCCUCCUACAGCCGCAACCAGGAGCCCCAGCAGGCCGACGACGACGCCGACGGCGGCGACGCGGCCACCUCGCCGGCGGCGCUCAGUCGCCGCGUUCGCCAGCAGAUGUCGCUGAUGGAGCGGCUGCAGCGCAUCGGCCUGCAGGGCAUCGUGGGCUCGGACGGCGUGCCGGCGGUGGGCGGAGUUGGCGUCCAAGCGCAGGAGGACGCCGCCCAGCACCUCGGCUAA